AUGCGCCCAGUGGCGAUAAUUGUUCUAGUUGCUGUAUUUUCGCUUAGUAUAGCACAAGAACAAACUGAAAAUUACAGUAAUAAUGAUCAAUUGAAUAGCUUGAACCCAACGCCUACUGCGAGAUUGGAUCCAUAUAUAAGGAAAGCUUUAUUGAAAGCCCUUACUGAUCUUGAAGACAGUGACAACAUAACGGACAUCGAGACAACUAAUCCAACUGCGGAGACGGAAUAUUUAAAAACAGAUGAAGAUGUGCAAACAAAUACGCAAACAUCUAAAUCAGACAUACAGAUCCACUCAUACAUAGUUGAUGGCCAAUCCGCAUUCACAAAUAGUACAGAUGCGACACCUAUGCUAGGAGAUAGUAACAUAUCUAUCUUAGGUACUACAGUAGGAAAUGUUGAAAAUCAAUCACUAGCAACUCUUCCAACAAAAACUCUUGAUAAAGAAAUUUUUCAAACCAGAGAAAGUAUUAAUUUUUCCCAUCUACGAACAAAACAAAGCCCUAAAAUUGAUAAUAACAACAAAGAAAAUACCUUUAAGCCGACCAUAAAAACAACGACAACACCUACAACUACUACAACAACAACUACUACGACACCCAAACCGACCCAUGAUCUGGACGGUAAAAACAUCGAAGAAGUCGACCAAAAAGACGUACAAGUAUUUCAAGCUCCCUUAGUUGCAGCUUUUACAGUUCAUCAAGACAGUCGUGGGCUUCCGAAGAAAGUUGUGCCGAUUUAUCAACAAACAAAUAUACAGGACACUUUAAAAUCGCAACAAGCAACUAACGUACCUAUAGGAGCUGUACCACCACAAAUAUUCACACAGAAGUUUUCCUUAGAAAACGCAAACGUAAAUAAAAUAUCUCAAAAUGAUUUUGUUUCCCAACAAUUCUUAUUGCAAAGGCAACUUGAAGAAAAGCAAAGAAUUCUUGAGGAACAACUUCAAUUCCUACAACUUCAACAAAGACAGCAAGAAGACCUACUAAGAAAACAACAGUUCUUAUUACAACAAAAAGAAGCUCAAAGACAGCAACAAAUUUUAUUCAAUCAAGAGCAAUUGAAAAGACAGCAGCUUAUUGUUGAACAACAAAAAAUUCAAUCAAACCAAAUAUUAAACAACUAUCAAGCGCAAAAAAAUACACAAUUGAAUCGGUUUUCGAACCCAAGUACAGGACUUCAAAGUCAAAACUCCCAAGUCUCAAUUCAACCGAGUGUACAUUUAGAGCAAGUUAAUGUUUUAGCAAAUCAACAGCAGCUUCCUAACAGAGAGGCAGUAGAUUUUCUUAUCCAUCUUCGUAGUCAAAGACCUGAGCAAUUUCCUCUGCAAGAGAAUCAUCUCCCACAAGGCAUCAGUAAUUUCCUGCUACCAAAUUCAAACCAAUUGCCAUUUCAUCAAGGUUCAAAUUUCAAUCAAAUAAGAACAUCUGAAGAUCAAAUCAGACCGACGCAAGGCAACCGAGUAUUUCGUCAAGAAAAUGGAGUUGGAAAUUUUGGUUUAAAUAAUCUAGAUUAUAAUAGAUUUAACACUUUCAAUCCGAUUUAUACGAACCGUUUCUUUCCUCAUAAUUAUAACCGACAAAACCAAUUAAAUGCAGACACCCAAUUAAAACAAUUACUGGUGCAAACAGGCCUUAAUGGAAAAGCAAAUGAAGAUUUAAAUAUAGUAUCAAAAGUGUUAUCGUUAAAUCAUGAGUUAAGUGUCAUACGAGACAUUAUAAUGUUGCUCACCCCAUUUAAGCAAGCUACUGAAGAAAUUAGCGGCGAUCAGUACGUGACUUCUAGUUUAGGGAUUCCUAUUGCAAACUUACUUCAGAAAGGAAUUGAACAAAUGAAACCUUCCACCCAAUUUGGUGUUGCUCUUCAGAAGAGUUUUCUAAACUUAGUUAUUGCCAAACUAGAACCACUAGAGCGACAUUUACAUCUUGCUAAAGCAACAAUUUUAGACCCUGGCUUUAAGCGUAUUCAUUUUAAUUCCGCUCUGGCUGUUUCCACUGCAAUAAGCGCAUUGUCAAAAGAAAUACGUUUAGAACAUAGACGUAGAGGACAAUUAUCGCCUGAACUCAGAUGCAGAUCUACUACCACAAUACCAAACUCAGAAAAUUCUUCGCCGUCGUUGUGGUCCGGACAUGAAAAAAUUUUGGUAGAUAUUGCUGCAGCUUCAACAAACACCAGUUCACUUUCAACCAGUGAUGGAAUGCCUAGCGAACUAAAGCAAUACCUAGAUCAGCCUAUAAUACCCAGAAAGGAGAAUCCAACAAAAUUUUGGUUUGAUUGUCGCCAUUUUACCCCAGUUCUUUCCGAUAUAGCUGUAAAGUAUUUGAUAUCGCCUGCGUCGUCGGUUUCCUCAGAGAGAGUGGCAUCUGCUGUAAAUCUCGCAGUACCCAAUAACAGAAGUCUGCUUACAGCCAAGCACAUAAAUCAAAGAGUUUUUCUAAUAUCUGUAACAGACAGAUAUUGGUUUAGUUAA